GCCAAGAAUACAACCAUCGAGAGCAUCACCUCUGGAGUCGCAACUGAUAACCUUGGUUCGCCAAAUUCCAAAAAAGGGCGACUCGAACUUCACUUAAAGGUCCCAUUCAAAAGAGGCCCUCCAAAACUAUCGCCGCCACAGUCAAAAUGAAAAUCCGAGAACCUUGGUCCACUCUGAUGAGCCACGCUCUUCUCAUGCACUCUGAUUGGCCUGUCAACUUGUUGACGGAGGAAGAUUUCGAGAUGGAUGUGGUCGGGAGCAGCAAACGUCGAACGCUCUUCAGGAUAGCUCUAGAGAACUUGGAGCAAGUCCAGGAGCUAAAGAAGAAAGAUGGGUUUGACAAAUUCAGGUGUAUACAGUUCAAAGGUGCAUUCAUCAAGCACGUCCUGACGCCUAUUGUCGGCGGUAUUGUACCCUCCGAAGCUGACAGCGUCCAUUACUGGGUCAAUGUCAUCGAGGCAGGCCUACCUCUUGGUACACCGCUGCGCCUGCAUCUAGGAGAAACUGGAUCAACUGCAACCGCUGUGUCGAAGUCUGCCCUGGCCGAGGUGUUUGAAGUCGGAAAGGAAGCCCGAAAAUGCGACUGCCUGCUGAGAGUAGAUGGGCUGGAGGUGGGAAACUUCGAGGCAAAGCGGCAAGGAUGCCCAUGGAUAGAAGCAGCCGUUCAGCUCAGAAAAAACAGCAAAAUUGCCAAGAGCAUCUUUCUGCAGCUGGAGCACCUCGGAGUGAGCAGUCCACCUACGCUCAACAUACAAGGUGCAUCUUCACUUGUACGCUCAGGAUGUUCUCAAGAAAAAGCAGACAUGAAUACUGUCAGCGGUUCUCACAAGGAGAAGAUGCAGUCAAGGGGGGAUUCAAAGCAGGUAGAGGCAUAUUUAGAGUGGGAGAAAGUGGUGUUCCAUACGCCCACGAAACCCAUAUCCAACGCCGCCCGCCCCUCCCCACUCGAUUCUUUGAAAGCAUGCAAGGAUGACGGUUUCGACGAGAAACUGGACCAGCAGACGAUCAUAGCCUGGAACGUGGCGCCAGUAGACGGAGUCGGGAAUGAUCUGGGUAAAAACGACGAACACGACGAAGAAAAUGAACCAGCGGGUGAACAUGUUGAGCAUAGUUCUGGCAAAGAGAAAGCGGGCAAGUAA